AUGGCCGAAGAGUCCGAGACGCGGAUCGCUCGACUAGAAGAAAAGAUGGAGAGUUUACUGGCUGCAAUGCAGACCUUCAUCAGUUCCUCUAGCUCCUUUGGACCACUGGCUGAUGCCAUUCAGCCCCUAUCUAUGCCGAAUGGUGCUUUAGAAAACAUUACGAGGACUGAUUGCGGUGCGAGACCGGCCCUGUCGAGUGCUCCUGUAUCAACGCACCCAGAUCCAUCGCUUCAGUCCCGUUCCUAUGCAACAUCUCCGACUGCUUCACCGCUGAAUCAAGCAGAUGAACAGUUGGAAUAUUUCCGAACCCAAAUGCUGCCAUAUUUUCCGUUCAUCGACCUCACUCCUGAGAUGACGAUCCGUGAUCUGCGCCAGAACAGGCCCUUCUUGUUACGAGCCAUCCACACCGUCACGACCUUCUCGACCCAGGAUCGAUUAAUCCAAGUUGAGGAGUUGAAGCGCCUCCUGUUUACAUCUGCAUUGCUCAAGGUUGAGUCCAGCAUUGAUAUGCUGCUUGGAUUACUGACAUAUAUUGCCUGGAGUACCGAUACCUUUCUCGGUAGAGCGGAUCUAGUUUCUCGCCUCAUGAUGCUCGCGAUAUCACUGGUGUAUGAUCUGCGGUUGUUCAAACCAUCCUCACCGGACGUGCAAGUCAUGAUGGCGAUGUCCCAGGGAGAAGCUGAGGAACCGAGCCAACACCCUAACGCUGAAACGCUGUGUAGCUUAUUUGAAAAGCAGCGUGCAGUACUGGCAUGUUUCAUAUUGAGUUCCAAUCUUUCGUCUCACCUUGGCCGUCAAGAUGCCUUAAAUUGGACCCCCAGAAUGGAAGAGGCACUGCACAUUCUCACACUCCAUGGACCUUGCCCUACGGACAAGUUAUUUGUCUCGCAAGUACGCUUGCAACUCUUGAAGCAGAAGGCGGAGAACGUCCGGCAACGGGAGGAGACAGAAUGCGCUCACCCAGGGACAGCUCCUGCCACGGUCUCACUUUCGCACUUAUUGUAUCUCAAGAUGCUACGCAGGCAACUUCAAGAGCUCAGGUCUUCAUUCCCGAGCGAUCUUCCUCAAAUAGACAUUCUCCAUGCUCACGCUCAGUAUGUCGAACUAUACAUAAACCAACUAGCUUUUUCCAUGACUCACGACCCACGGCCUCUAAAUAUCAGCGGACGACUGGGAUUCGACCGCCUUGAGUGCUUAUGGCAGUCGGUUGAAAAUAUCAAAUCAUGGCUGGACAGCUUCGACGUCAUCCACUGCUCUAAACUCAUCGGCCAACCCUUUCACUUUUGGUCCCAGAUGAUCAUGAGCCUCACACUGCUGAAAUAUCUUUCUACCCUCCGGGACCCUGAUUGGGAUUGCCAAGCGGUGCGGAACGCAGUUCCGCUCAUCUCGACGAUUGACUCUAUGUUACAGAAGCUGGAUCAGAGCAGCCAGCAGCCAGAGCUUCAAUGCAAUGACCACUUACUUCAUUAUAUAUCCAAGCUGUUAGCACGAUGCCGACUCUGGGCGGAGGCACGGUGGGACAUGACUUGCCCGAUGCAGGAAGCGAAUGCCCUUACUGCGACGAACCUUGACGUAACUAGUCACGAUUCCCAUGUCCCUGAUCUGGAUCAGAUAGCCUGGAUGCAGUCGAUGGAUUUGGGAGAUGAUCGGUGGUUUGACGAGGUACUGAGUAUACCCACGUCAUUUGAUUAG